AUUAACCGUUUGUUUUAAGCCUGUCAGCUUCUGGUUGGAAGCUAGCUAGCUUAGCUAACUUUUUCAUGCAGGCUUGUAGGAUGGGCAGUGUUUUGGCUGCCAGCUCCCCCAACCCCCCGCCCCCUGCCUCCAGCGGUGCCGCCACUGCUGCCCCCGGGUUGACGGUGCCGCCAGGCUUUGGGAUGCCUCCAGUCUCCCCAGUUCUAGCCCCCACUGGGGCAGCCUCAGGACAGGAGCAGGAGGAUGAUGCCCCUUUGCCUAACCCCGGUGCAUUCGAUGAGUGCCAUCGCAAGUGCAAAGAGGUUUUCCCCAUGCAGAUGGAGGGCGUCAGGCUAGUCGUCAACAAGGGCCUUAGCAACCACUUCCAGGUGAAUCACACUGUGCUGCUGAGCACUACGGGAGAUUCCACCUACAGGUUCGGCGCUACAUACGUCGGAACAAAGCAGAUGGGUCCGGCAGAGUUUUUUCCAGUCAUGGUUGGAGACAUGGACAACAGUGGCAGCCUUAACGCCCAGAUCAUCCACCAGGUCGCCCACGGAGUACGAUCCAAACUGGCCUUCCAGACACAACAAAACAAGUUUGUGAACUGGCAAGGCGACGCCGAGAUUAAGGGAGAAGAUUUUACUGCAACGGUUACUCUUGGAAACCCUGAUGUCCUCGUCGGCUCCGGUAUUGUUGUAACACACUACCUCCAGUCCAUAACGCCGGCUAUAGCUCUGGGAGGGGAGCUGGUUUACCACCGCAGGCCGGGAGAGGAGGGCACCGUGAUGUCUUUUGUGGGCAGAUACACAGGCAGUAACUACAUCGCCACGUUGACACUCGGCUCAGCGGGAGCUCAUGCUUCAUACUAUCACAAAGCCAACGAGCAGUUGCAGCUCGGCGUGGAGUUUGAGGGGAGCACCCGCAUGCAAGACACCAGUGUGUCGUUUGGCUACCAGCUAGAUGUGCCUAAAGCUAAUUUACUGUUUAAAGGUUCCGUAGACAGUAACUGGGUAGUGGGUGCAACGUUAGAAAAGAAGCUGCUCCCUUUGCCGCUCUCUCUGGUCCUCUCCACCUUCCUCAACCACCGCAAGAACAAGUUCCAGUGCGGCUUUGGUGUCACCAUCGGUUAGAGCGGCUGAGGGGCGGGGUCACCGGCCCACAGACCGACCUCACAGAACGGACAGACUCACCACGGACGAGCAGACUACUCCAUGUACAAUGCUGUGUGCGUGUAUUUGUGUGUGUGUGUGUGUGUGCGUGUAUUUGUUUGUGUGUGUGUGUGCGUCCAUCAUCACGUUACUGGUUUCAGAAGGUAAUAAGGCUAGAGGUAAAUCAAAUCAAAUGCGUUUAAAUCCUGUAAGAUUGGUCGCCUGAAUGAUCAGAAGUGAAACAAACAAUGUGAUUGGUCAGGAAUUUGUUGUACUGCGGACUCUCGACACAAAUCAGUAGGCAGUAGAAAGAUGCAUAAAGAGACAUUACAGAUUUACAGAACUCCUUGUUUUCUUCAUUGAGUUCAGUGCCUGUCGCUCCAGUCUUGAAUUUUAUUCUAGUUAUUUUUUUUUAUUUUUUACUGUAAAGUCUGUCUCGGCGUGCGGUGAAUGAAAUCGUUGUUUGUUUAUAGGGGAUUUAUUGGUACAGACCAGUUUACCAGCCAACACUGCAUGUCACGUUCAAAGUCCAUCACUUGUUUUGUUGCCUUUUUUAUGUUACAUACAUAUGAAACAGUAUAUAUAUGACCUGUAUAUACCUCUUGGAAACUGAUAAAUGCCAUUUCUUACA